ACGCCGGCCGCCAUCGCCUUCGCGCCUGGCUGGUGGGGGCGCUGUCCACCCCGGCCGUCUGCGCCGCUCCCUGGAGUUCGGCGGACCUCGGCAGCCAGGGCCGGCAAAGGCGCGAGGAACCGGACGCCGCCGCCGCGGGGGCCAUGACCGUGGAGCAGAACGUGCUGCAGCAGAGCGCGGCGCAGAAGCACCAACAGACAUUUUUGAAUCAACUGAGGGAAAUUACUGGGAUUAACGAUGCCCAGAUACUGCAGCAAGCCUUGAAGGAUAGUAAUGGAAACUUGGAAUUAGCAGUGGCUUUCCUUACUGCAAAGAAUGCCAAGACCCCUCAGCAGGAGGAGACAACUUACUACCAAACAGCACUUCCUGGCAAUGAUAGAUACAUUAGUGUGGGAAGCCAAGCAGAUACAAAUGUGAUUGAUCUCACUGGAGAUGAUAAAGAUGAUCUUCAGAGAGCAAUUGCUUUGAGUUUGGCGGAAUCAAACAGGGCAUUCAGGGAGACUGGAAUAACUGAUGAGGAGCAAGCCAUUAGCAGAGUUCUUGAAGCCAGCAUAGCAGAAAAUAAAGCAUGUUUGAAGAGGACCCCUGCAGAAGUUUGGAGGGAUUCUCGAAACCCUUAUGAUAGAAAAAGGCAGGACAAAGCUCCUGUUGGGCUAAAAAAUGUUGGCAAUACUUGUUGGUUUAGUGCUGUUAUUCAGUCAUUAUUCAAUCUUUUGGAAUUUAGAAGAUUAGUUCUGAAUUACAAACCUCCAUCAAAUGCUCAAGAUUUACCCCGAAACCAAAAGGAACAUCGGAAUUUGCCUUUUAUGUGUGAGCUGAGAUAUCUAUUUGCACUUCUUGUUGGUACCAAAAGGAAAUACGUUGAUCCAUCAAGAGCAGUUGAAAUUCUUAAGGAUGCCUUCAAGUCAAAUGACUCACAGCAGCAAGAUGUGAGCGAGUUUACACACAAAUUAUUAGAUUGGUUAGAAGAUGCCUUCCAAAUGAAAGCUGAAGAGGAGACGGAUGAAGAGAAGCCAAAGAACCCUAUGGUAGAGUUGUUCUAUGGAAGAUUCCUAGCCGUGGGAGUCCUUGAAGGUAAAAAAUUUGAAAACACUGAAAUGUUUGGUCAGUAUCCACUUCAGGUCAAUGGGUUCAAAGAUCUGCAUGAGUGCCUAGAAGCUGCAAUGAUUGAAGGAGAAAUUGAGUCUCUACAUUCAGAGAAUUCAGGAAAAUCAGGCCAAGAGCAUUGGUUUACAGAACUACCACCUGUGUUAACAUUUGAGUUAUCAAGAUUUGAAUUUAAUCAAGCAUUGGGAAGACCAGAAAAAAUUCACAACAAAUUAGAAUUUCCUCAGGUUUUAUAUUUGGACAGAUACAUGCAUAGAAACAGAGAAAUAACAAGAAUUAAGAGAGAAGAAAUCAAGAGACUUAAAGAUUACCUCACAGUAUUACAACAAAGACUAGAAAGAUAUUUAAGUUACGGUUCGGGUCCCAAACGAUUCCCCUUGGUGGAUGUUCUGCAAUAUGCAUUGGAAUUUGCCUCAAGUAAACCUGUCUGCACUUCUCCUGUCGAUGACAUUGAUGCUAGUUCCCCACCUAGUGGUUCCACACCAUCACAGACAUCAUCAAGCACAACAGAACUACAGGGAGUUCCUUCUUCAGAACUGCCCAGCACAUCUCCUCCAUCAGUUUCUGCAGUUUCAUCGAGGUCAGUAAUACACAAACCAUUCACUCAGUCUCGGAUACCUCCAGAUUUGCCCAUGCAUCCAGCACCAAGGCACAUAACAGAAGAAGAACUUUCUGUGCUGGAAAGCUGUUUACAUCGCUGGAGGACAGAAAUAGAAAAUGACACAAGAGAUUUGCAGGAAAGCAUAUCCAGAAUCCAUCGAACAAUUGAACUGAUGUACUCUGACAAAUCCAUGAUACAAGUUCCUUAUCGCUUACAUGCUGUUUUAGUUCAUGAAGGCCAAGCUAAUGCUGGGCACUACUGGGCAUAUAUUUUUGAUCAUCAUGAAAGCAGGUGGAUGAAGUACAAUGAUAUUGCUGUGACAAAAUCCUCAUGGGAAGAAUUAGUGAGGGACUCUUUUGGUGGUUAUAGAAAUGCCAGUGCAUACUGUUUAAUGUAUAUAAACGAUAAGGCACAAUUCUUAAUACAAGAGGAGUUUAAUAAAGAAACUGGGCAGGCACUUGUUGGAAUAGAAACAUUACCACCAGAUUUGAGAGAUUUUGUUGAGGAAGACAACCAGCGAUUUGAAAAAGAACUUGAGGAAUGGGAUGCACAACUUGCCCAGAAAGCUUUGCAGGAAAAGCUUUUAGCAUCUCAGAAACUGAGGGAGUCUGAGUCUUCUGCGACAACAGCACAAGCAGGAGAACCAGAAUAUCUAGAGCAGCCAUCAAGAAGUGAUUUCUCAAAGCACUUGAAAGAAGAAACUAUUCGAAUAAUUACCAAGGCAUCACAUGAGCAUGAAGAUAAAAGUCCUGAAACAGUUUUGCAGUCGAAACCUGAAAAUACCACAAGCCAACCACCUUCUAGCCAGCGAGUUGUAGAGGUGGCGAUUCCUCACGUAGGGAAAUUCAUGAUUGAAUCAAAGGAGGGGGGGUAUGAUGAUGAGAUCAUGAUGACACCGAACAUGCAAGGUGUUAUAAUGGCAAUAGGUAAAUCCAGGAAUGUAUAUGACAGGUGUGGUCCUGAAGCAGGGUUCUUUAAGGCAAUUAAGUUGGAGUAUUCAAGGUUGGUUAAGUUGGCCCAAGAAGACACCCCACCAGAAACAGAUUAUCGCCUGCAUCAUGUAGUGGUCUACUUCAUCCAGAACCAGGCGCCAAAGAAGAUCAUUGAGAAAACAUUGUUGGAACAAUUUGGAGACAGAAAUUUGAGUUUUGAUGAAAGGUGUCACAACAUAAUGAAAGUUGCUCAAGCCAAACUAGAAAUGAUAAAACCUGAAGAAGUAAACUUGGAGGAAUAUGAGGAGUGGCAUCAGGAUUAUAAGAAAUUUAGGGAAACAACUAUGUAUCUUAUAAUUGGAUUAGAAAAUUUUCAAAGAGAAAGUUAUAUAGAUUCCUUGCUGUUCCUUAUUUGUGCUUAUCAGAAUAACAAAGAGCUCUUGUCGAAGGGCCCAUACAGAGGACAUGAUGAAGAAUUGAUAUCACAUUAUAGAAGAGAAUGUUUACUAAAAUUAAAUGAGCAAGCUGCAGAACUGUUCGAAUCUGGAGAGGAUCGAGAAGUAAACAAUGGUUUGAUUAUCAUGAAUGAAUUUAUUGUUCCAUUUUUGCCCCUGCUCCUGGUGGAUGAAAUGGAAGAGAAAGAUAUACUUGCUGUGGAAGAUAUGAGGAAUCGAUGGUGUUCGUACCUUGGACAAGAAAUGGAAUCAAACCUCCAAGAAAAGCUCACCGAUUUUCUGCCAAAACUGCUUGACUGUUCUACGGAGAUUAAAGGUUUCCAUGAGCCACCAAAGUUACCUUCCUAUUCCACACAUGAACUCUGUGAGCGCUUUGCCCGAAUCAUGUUGUCCCUCAGUCGAACUCCUGCUGAUGGAAGAUAAACUGCACACACACUUUCCCUAAACACACUGUAUAAACUUUUUUUAGUUCUUAACCCUUGCCUUCCUGUCACAGGGUUUGCUUGUUGCUGCUAUAGUUUUUAACUUUUUUAAUUUUAAUAACUGCAAAAGACAAAAUGACUAUACAGACUUUAGCCAGACUGAAAAUAAUAAAGCUGAGAAUCGCAUGGCACUCAGACUUUGUUUUAACCAGAACUGAUGUAUAAUUAUAAAUCUGAUUUUAUUUUGGCAAAACUAUGCUUUUGCCACCUUUCUGUUACAGUGUUACUUUGCUCUUUUCUUUGUCAGCAGCUUUCCAUUCAGUCUGGAUUCUUCCAUGACGACAGCCAUUUUAAGUGUUCAGCACUUGUGUACGAUACAUAAUAUUUGGUAGCUUGUAAAUGAAAUUAAAGAAUAAAGUUUUAUUUAUGGCUACCUAUGUGUUUGUAAGCAGGUAUAUUGUAUAUUAGUUCAUUGUUUUAGCUAUAAUAUAUAAAUGAAUUUUGUCUGGGAAUUAAGAUUGGGUGACGUAGGUUAGUACAGUCUUUUUAUUUUGCUAUAAUGGUAUCAUACUGGAAAAUUACUAGGUAUUUGACACUUACAAUAUUUCUAUGUUUUUUACUAAGUUGUUGAACUUAGGAUGGCACCUAAACUUGUUAUGAAUUCAGUCAGGUUUUCACUAAAGUGAGCAGCAGAUUUUUAAGUCUAUGUUCACUGAAACUUAAUCUUUCUUAGAUUAGCCUUUUGUUUUUAUAUAUUUACAAAUAAUAUAGCAAAGUAAUUAUUUCAAGAGAAACCUGAAAGAGUACUUGAAUAAGGGCUAUUUGUGAAACCUAAAAAAGAAAUAUGUGUACACACACACACACAAACACACACAUACUCACAUGUAUAUUCUACAUAAUGGAGUACAAUGUUUUGCAUUAUAUAAUCAUUCUAUUUUUGUAAAUUGUAUAUCACUUUAAUUGAAAAUGUUCUCUGCUAAUCAAUGCUGUGAAAUGAAGUUGAUAUUGUUUAAUUAGAAGUCACGAGUAUCUAAACUGCUUUUAUUUACUUAAUUUUCAAAAAGGAAAAAGCUGUAGAAUAUUUUAUAGACGAACUGCUGUUUAAGAUUAAUGAAAUAAUAUUGUCAAUGAAAGUCAAAUCAAUGCUUUAAAGGUAAUGAUGUUACCAACAACCUAUUUUUGAAUUUAUAAAAAUUUAUUAUGAUACUUUGUUAGCAUAGUAAAAUAUAUCAUUAUGCUA